UUCACAUAUAUCGUUGUUAAACAGAAUUUCCAUCAUCACCAUAAACUAAUUAACAAUGGCUGAAAUCAUUGCCUCUGAACUCCUGAAAGCUGUUUUUGAGAAGCUGUCUUCUGAAGCCUUGAAGAAAAUCGGACGGUCCCAAGGAAUCCAGUCAGAGCUGAAGAAACUAGAGAGGACGCUGACCCAGAUCCAGUCUCUCCUUAACGAUGCUUCUCAGAAGGAAAUAACUGAUAAAGCUGUUCAAAACUGGCUCAGUGGUCUCCAACAUCUGGCUUACGACAUUGAUGACGUACUUGAUGAUCUGGCAACACAAGCUAUGCAUCGUGAGCUCACCCAGCAAUCUGGAGCCAUCACCAGCAAGGUAAAAAGGCUAGUCCCAACUUGUUGCAUCAAUUUAUCACUAAGUCAGAGGAUGCAUCACAAGUUAGAUGAUAUUACCACCAAAUUACAAGAUCUAGAAAAGGAGAAGGUUAGUCUUGGUUUAAUUGUAAAAGAUGAAAGGUCGAAAAGAAUUUAUCAGACCUCUAUGGUAGAUACAUCUAGUAUUGUUGGACGGGAAAAGGAAAAGAAGGAAUUGCUCGUGAAGCUAUUAGGGGACGAGCCAUGUGAUAAGAACUUUAGCAUCGUGCCUAUUGUUGGUAUGGGUGGGUUAGGGAAAACCACUCUAGCUAAACUUUUGUAUGACGAUGAGAAAGUUAAGAAGCACUUUGAAGUAAUGGCUUGGGUUUGUGUCUCUGAUCAGUUUGAUAUCUUUAACAUAAGCAAAGUGAUCUUACAAUCUGUGAAUGGAGAAAACAAGGAAUUUGCAGAUUUAAAUCUGCUUCAAGUAGCUCUUAGAAAUCAACUUAAGGAGAAACGAUUUUUGAUAGUAUUAGAUGAUGUUUGGAGUGAAAGCUAUGAGGAGUGGGAGACCCUAGUGAGCCCAUUUCAUGAGUGUGCUCCCAAAAAUAAAAUUAUAAUGACAACACGGAAGAUGCAACUGCUCAAAAAGCUAGGUUGCGAUGAUCUAAGCUAUCUGCAAACUUUGUCAGAUGAUGAUGCUAUGUCCUUGUUUGCUCAACAUGCAUUGGGUGAAAAUAACUUUGAUUUGCAUCCAAUCCUCAGGCCAUAUGGUGAAGGCAUUGUAAAAAAAUGUGAUAACUUGCCUUUGGCCUUAAGAGUACUUGGGAGGUUAUUGAGAAUAAAGACCAAAGAAGAAGACGAGUGGAAGCAGCUGUUGAAUAGUGACAUAUGGGAAUUAGGAAAGGGGGAUGAGAUUAUCCCAGCCCUCAGAUUAAGCUACCUUGAUCUUUCCGCAUGUUUGAAACAACUGUUUGCAUACUGCUCGUUGUUCCCCAAAGACUAUGUGUUUGACAAAGACGAUUUGAUUAUACUUUGGAUGGCGGAAGGCUUUUUGAACCAGUCAUCUUCAAACAAGUCAAUGGAAAGCUUAGGUCUUGAAUAUUUUGAAGAGUUGUUGUCAAGGUCAUUUUUUCAGUAUGCACCCAAUGACUCAUCGUUGUUCGUGAUGCAUGACUUGCAUAAUGACCUGGCCAUAUCUGUCGCUGGAGAAUUCUUUUUAAGGUUAGACGAUGAGAUUAUGAAGGAUACCAGGAAGAAAGAUUUCGAAAAGUAUCGCCAUAUGUCAUUUGUUCGUAAGGAAUAUGAAGCUUACUCGAAGUUCAAGCCCAUCAAAAGCGCAACAAGUUUGAGAACAUUCUUAGCAGUGUCUGUUGAACCGGAAGAUAGAUGGGGAGAAUUCUACUUAUCUAGUAAGAUUCUGGUUGAUUUACUUCCAAAGUUACCACUUUUAAGGGUUCUGUGUUUAAGUGGUUAUUUCAUUAGCGAGGUACCAGAGAACAUUGGCAGUUUGAAGCACUUGCGGUACCUUAAUUUAUCUCGUACCUUAAUCACAUGUCUACCAGAAAAUGUCUGCAAUCUCUACAAUAUACAAUCAUUAAUCCUUUAUAGAUGUAAAAGUUUAUUUAUGUUGCCCAUAAACUUCUCAAAGCUUAAAAACUUGCGGCAUCUGGAUAUUAGGGAUACUCCGCUUUUGAGUAAGAUACCCUUUGGAGUUGGCAAGCUGAAAAGCUUACAAACUCUCUCCAAGAUAAUUAUUGGAGGUGAUAAUGGCCUUGCAAUAACCGAGCUUAAAGACCUUAUAAAUCUUCGUGGGACGACUCUCAUCAAGGGGCUGGAAAAAGUGGAAAUAGCGUCACAUGCAUCUGAGGCAAACUUAUCGCAAAAAAGGCUAAGCGGUUUAGAACUAGAAUGGAGUGACGUGUUUAAUGAUUCUAGAAAGAAAUCACUAGAAAAGGAGGUCCUCGAUGCGUUGAAGCCUCAUAGUGAGAGUUUGAUAAAGCUUGGAAUAGUGUCAUAUGGGGGUAUAGAGUUUCCUAAUUGGGUUGGGGAUACAUCGUAUCUUAAUCUGAUUAGUGUGUCUCUACGUGGCUGUAAACAUUGUACAUCUUUACCACCACUUGGGCAGUUGCCCUCACUUAAGGAGUUGUAUACUGAAGACAUAAAUGAGGUGAAAGCUAUGGGUUCAGAGUUAAUUGGGACCGGUCGUGCAUUCACAUCACUUGAAGUUCUUGAAUUACGGAAUAUGAAGAGAUUGGAAGUACGGUCAACUCGUAUUGAGGUCGUGUCGUUUCCAUGCCUUAAAAAGCUUGUUAUUAGAGAUUGUCCUAAUUUGGUUCAAGUGUCACCUGGAGCACUGCCCUUAUUGAAUAGUCUUGAAUUACGGAAUAUGAAGAGGUUGGAAGUAUGGUCAACUCGUAUUGAGGUCGUGUCGUUUCCAUGCCUUAAAAAGCUUGUUGUUAGAGGUUGUCCUAAUUUGGUUCAAGUGUCACCUGGAGCACUGCCCUUAUUGAAUAGUCUAGAAGUAUCUGAAUGUGAUAGUGGUGUGUUGAGAAAGCUGGUUCAAGUUGCUUCAUCAGUCAAGGAGUUGAGAAUAGAAUCUAUGUUAGGGCUUAGUGAUGUGGUGUGGAGAGGUGUUAUUGAGUAUGUUGGAGGAGUUGAAUCUUUAACCAUAAUCAGAUGUAACGAAAUAAGAUACUUGUGGGAAUCAGAAGCAAAGGCGAGUAAGGCUCUUACAAAGUUAAGGGAGUUGGAGGUUUCUAAUUGUCAAAAUAUGGUGAGACUGGGUGAGAAAGAGGAGGAUGAUUGUGGGCGCGACCUCAUAACAACUCUUAGGACGGUAAUGAUACAAGAUUGUGAGAGUAUGGAGCAUUGUAGGUGUCCAAAUAACACUGAGAUUUUGAUCAUCGGUGGUUGUACUUCCAUGACAUCUGCUUCAUUCCCCACAACAGGAGAGCAGAAGUUCAAAUCACUUGAAAUUGAUUCUUGUGACAAACCAUUAGAAAAGGAGUUUGGAGGAGAUAACACUAGGGUUGUUAUCAACAACACACGCAUCCCAAAGCUUCAAUAUGUACUGUUAGGCUCCUUGCCAAAUCUGACAACAACCAUUGAAUUGAGUCACUUUAUUCACCUCACCCACCUGGUAAUUAUUGAAUGUCCAAAUAUGGAGUCAUUUCCAGAUCACGAGUUGCCUAAUCUCCCCUCCUUAACAUCUCUGCUUAUAUUUGGUUGCGCAAGUACAGAUGAUUCCUUUCCUCGUGGGUUUUGGCCUCCCAAACUGCAAAGCCUUGUAAUUGGGGGGUUGAAGAAGCCCAUCAUAGAGUGGGGACCACAGAAUUUCCCAACCUCACUUGUCAGACUAGGGUUAUUAUGUGGAGAGUCAGAAGUAGAUGAUGUGAGUAGGUGUAGUCAGUUGUCUCAUCUUCUUCCUUUAUCUCUUACUACUCUUCGGAUAGAUGGAUUUAAGAAACUGAAAUCAGUUUCAGUGGGACUCCAACACCUCACCUCCCUCCAACAUCUCUUUUUAUCUGAUUGCCCAAGGAUGAAGCAUCUACCAGACAUUCUGUUGCCUUCACUAUUGAGUUUAAACAUUGAAGAAUGCCCAAAGCUAGAAGGAAGGUGCAGUAGAAGAGGCUCCUAUUGGUCCCGCAUCUCUCAUAUCCCCUGCAUCAGAAGAAACACAGAAAGCUUUUAUUCUUUAAUGUUCCCAAAAGACUUAAUGGAACUGAUAUUGUGAUGGAGAUGUGUGGGGAUGAUUUUAUACUACAUUCUUGUGGAGUGACCGGAGAUGCUAUCCGAGUUCUGAAUCAGCUCAAAUCUCAAAGAAAUUAAUGAGAUUGAAGGCAGAGAAGAACGAGCUUCGUGGAGAAAAACUUGUUUUGAAGGCGGAAAAAGCAAAAAUGGAACCGCAGGUCAAAUCCACGAUGCCUGGAUUUAAGACACCACAUCCGGCUGCAUGUCAGGCUGAAGGAACCAAGAUGCCUGUUUUUCCAGGCUAUGGUUACAUUCCAAUGUGGCAGUAUUUACCACAAACAACGUGUGAUACAUCUCAUGAUCAUGAGCUCUGGCCACCUGCUGCUUAAUAACCGAACCAAUGAGAAAAUUGUUACCUCAUUGUCGUUUUCAAAUAGAAAUGCUUAGUUGAAUUUUGCGUUAUAGUCACUCUUUACUUCUGCCAUUAUGCUUUUUAGAGACAAAUAGAGCUCUUUGUUGGAUAUAAAUAAAAAAGCCGUCCUUUAAUCUUUUUA